AUGAAUAAGGGAGCUCAGAUUGCAACAAUUAUUGCUGUCUAUGCUGAUUGGAGUUUUGCCCGAAUAAAAGGCAUAGGCUGGGGUUGGGCUGGUGUUAUCUGGCUCUACAACAUCAUUUUCUUCUUCCCUCUGGAUUGGUUCAAGUUUGUCAUCCGCUACAUUCUCAGCGGGAAGACGGUUUUCACUGCCAAGAAAGAUUAUGGUCGACAAGAAAGGGAAUUUCAAUGGGCCAGGGCUCAGAGGACUCGAGAUGGACUCACUAACCACCUUUUCUCUGACAAGAGUAGCUACGGAGAGCUUUCGGAAAUAACCGAACAAGCCAAAAAACGAGCAGCAAUGGCAAUAGCCCUCGAACUACACACUCUGGAGGGACAUGCUGAAUCAGUGGUGACGUUGAAAGGGCUCGACAUUGACACCAUCCAAUAG